UUCAUUUUUGUUGCUUUAGAUCAUUAAACAAUAUUGCACAAGCACUCUCUCUCUUUUUUUUUAAUUAAUAUUCUAGCGUAAUGCCUUCCUCGCUGUGCAGCAUUUGGGUCGGACCAACCUUCCCCCUCCACUCCAUUAAUGGCUGCUUCAUCUGCUCAACGUCUGUGUCUCUGCCUCCCCUCCGGGCCCCCUUCCACCGCCUAAUUAACACGCCAUGCCAUUCACGCACUCCAUUAAACCUCCCUCCCUCCCAUGCAUCGCCCACAUUAUCUUGCCUAUAGCGACUGUUCUUCUUGUAAUCAAGCACCAAUCGCACACAGGAAACUGUAAUUAAUUCAGACAGAAGAGUAGAGAGCAAGCCAAAAUGAUGGAUGAUUUCAGUUUCCCCACCGUCGCAGUAGAUGAAGACCCCCUCGCCCCCUUCCCUCACUUCGCCCCAUCUCCCUUCUUCUGCUUCCUCUCCUCUGCCGGAGAUCAGCAGCCGUUCGAGGACGCUGAAGCGACGAUGAAGAAGACGAAUCCGAAGGUAGACAGCGCAGAGAGCAGCCGCCGGUUUGUUGACGAGGAGAGGAUGGACAUGCUGUGGGAGGAUUUCAACGACGAGACGUCGAGGAAACUGAGCAACAGCAGCAGCAGCAGCAUCAGGAGUUGCAAGUCGGAGCAGCAACGUGGGAGUUUGAUUCAUAGGAGGAGGCCGAGCCUGAUUGUGAUGGUGAAGGUGCUGAAGAAGUUGCUGUUGAUCCAGAAGGCUGCUGCAUCGUCUAAAAGAAAGCAGCAUCACUCCUCUACGAAUUAAAUACAAAUUUUUCCAUGUCACUUAGCCAAAAGAGCCUGAUUGUGAUGAUUUCCUAUA